AUGCUUGGAAGAGCUGCAGCAGCGGGCACUCCAGCAGCAACCCCGGCAGCAGCAGAAGUUGCAGCAACGGGAGGAAAGGGCGGCGCUACGCGGGGCCUGCGGGCUCGCGGCCGGCAGUCAGCAGCAGCAGCAGCAGGCCCGCAGCAGAGAGGCAGCAAGUCCUUCUCACGCAUUUCGCCAGACGGCGCAGCAGGAGAAGCAGCAGCAACAGCUGCUGCUGCUGCUGCUGCAGAUAACCUCAGCGUUACGAGUGGGGGCGGCGGGGGCUCGGGGCCUUCGGGUGGCGACCGGGACAUGCUGAAGGGCCCCUGCAGCAGCACGGUGAAGAAGUCGCCCGGCAGCAGCAGCAGCAGCAGCAGCAGCAGCAGCAGCAGCAGCAGCUCGAGCCGCGGCAGCCGCCUGCAGUGGAGCCGCUUCGACGGCCUCUUCCGGCGGAUCCCCGUGGGGCCUUUUGCUGCUGAUGUCUCCAGGGCCUUCAAGGAGGGGCCUGAGCGGCAGCAGGCGCUGCAGGAAGCAAAAGCAAUAGAAGCAACUUUGCUGCAGCCAGCCUGCGCCCCUGCUGCAGCAGAUUUGCUGCUGCCGGCGCAGGAGGACCUCGACGCGCUGCAGCAGCUGCUGGACCUGCACGCGCAGGUCAUCCGCGAGGCUCGCGAGAAAGCCAGGGCCAGGAAACAAGCCAGCAGCAGCAGCAGCAGCAGCAGCAGCAGCAGCAGCAGCAGCAGCAGCACGGAGGCUGUGGAUGUGGACAUGCCCGUGACGGCGCUAAUCGACUUCGGCUCUGUGGCUGCUUGGUGCUGCUUCGAAUUUGUAGAGAAUCAACAAGGAGCUUCUCACUCUGCGCAGCUGCUGGACUCGCUGUGCAGCAGCGGCAGAGACGCCAUCAGCAGCAGCAGCAGCAGCAGCAGCAGCAGCAGCGACGGCGGCAGCGGGAGCUUCGUUUUGGACGACGCAGCCAUCAGGGAGUACUUGCGCAAAGUCGUUGCGCCAGCGCUCGCGCAGCAGAAGGGCGAGGGAUCUGCUGCUGCUGCUGCUGCUGCUGCUGCUGCUGGCCAGGAUCCCGCAGCAGCUGAUCGCGACAGCAGCAGCAGCAAAUAUGAGGCCCUUGCUUCGCAGCUCUCUGUAAGGGCCUUCAAAAUCCUCACAAGUUACCAGCUGGCUUUUUGCCGCCGCCACUUGCAGCGUCUGCAGCUGCCAGCAGACGGGACAGCUCCUAAUCUCAGGGCUCUGUUGGAGCAGCAGCUGCAGCAGCAGCAGCAACAACUGCAGCAGCAGCAAGAACAGCUGCAGCAGCAGCAACAGCAGAAGCAGCAACAGCAGCAGCAGCAACAGAAAGACGCGGCCAAUGCGGCGGAGGUGGUGGGGCAAGAGACCCACAAAAAGGUUUGCUCCCCUGCCGCUUCGCCUGCUGCAGCAGCAGCAGCUGCUGAUGCAACAGCAGCAGCAGCAACAAAGUCAACGCCGACAGGCAGCGAGGUAGAACCUUCCUCAGGAGAGGAGACCCGAAGUGCCCAGAUGGAGGUCGACGGCGCAGAAGCUCCUUUGAGGCAGCAGGACGAGAAGCAGCAGCAAGAACAGAAGCAGCAGCAGGAGCAGAAGCAGCAGCAGCAGCAGGAGUCUGCAGAUGGCGGUGCCACGGGCAGCAGCAGCAGCAAGGACGAAGCUGGGGCCACCGCUGGAACGGCAGGCUGCAGCUCCUCCCCCAGCGGGCCUCCAGAAGCCCCCGCAGCUGCAGCUGCUGGCGCUGCUGCCAGCAGCAGCAGCAGCGGCAGCAGCAGCAGCAGCAGCGCAGGCGCGGCUUCUCUUGUUGAGGUGGCGGGCCACCGGUGGUAUUGGGGCACCCCCGGAGACAAUAAAGAAACUGGAGACUUUGUGGGGUCCCAGUGCAUGCAGUUUCUGCAGGUGAGAGGUUUGGGGUGUACGUACACCUCAUUGCUGCUGCAGCAGGCGGCGCCGUGGCCGCUCUGUGCGCUGCUGCUGCGGCGUCUGUUGCUGCCCCGUGGACUUGGGUGCAUUUAA